GCGGGCUGCGGACGGACAGUAGCGAGAGCGCUCUAGAUCCUCCGGAACAUUCUACAGGAAAAGGGUCCACUGACUAACAUUGUCUUGGAGUACAUGAGGCAGGAGCAACUAGGCGGCCUUUCGAAUGCAGGUAGGAGCUGAUUGAGUGGACAAGGCCUGGACAAGGUGGUCUGCAAGGGAGAGCGGGACACGAGGGGGGAUAUGUCGGAGUCAACGCCAGCGGAGGGGGCGCCGAGGAAGCCCUCGACCAACAAGAACAUCAAGAAGCUGCGGGCCAUCACUACCGUGUGCGGCCUGGCGCGCAGCUGGCAGAAAUGGGUCUCCCACAACGAGGAGAAGCAGUCGACCGAGCCCUCGGGCUGGUCACCCGGCGACCCGAAACCCCCGCCGGGCGAGAUGAGGAAGCCCACGCACAAGGUGGCACCGCCAAAACCACCGGCGGGCGAAGCGGAGGGCAACGGCGACGACGACGACGAGGGCGGCAUCAGGACGGCGCUGGUGGUGAAGACAGUGCAGAGCAGCGUGACGGAGAGGAGCUCCGGCGUGGGCGCGCUGGCCGAGCGGCUCGGGAGAGACCCGGCGGCCGGCGACGAGGUGGACCGCCUGCUCAACAGGAAGCGCUCGCCCACGCGGCGCCGCAUGGAAGGCACCAUCUCCCACGCGACCAGGACUCUGAAGGAGACGCGCAGGAAGAAGAGCGACACGGACGACAGCGGCUUCUCGGAGGCCGAGGAGAGGGGGCCGGAAUCAGAAGGAGGAGCCGAGGACGGAAUCAUGUUAAAACGGCCUUCUAGGCCCGUGCUCCGGAAGACCGGCGAGGACGCCGACAAGAUCAACGCUCUGUCCAAGGUGCACAGCGCAGUGGGCAGUCUGGCCAGCCGCUGGCAGAACUGGGCAUCGGACCACGAGGUCACCCAGAAGCUCAACCCGUUCAGCGAGGACUUUGACUACGAGUACUCCAUGCAGACGCGCCUGCACAAGGGCGAGGAGGGCUACGGGCGACCCAAAGAGGGCACCAAGACGGCGGAGCGGGCCAAGCGGGCCGAGCAGCACAUCCACCGCGAGAUCGACGACAUGUGCUUCGUCAUUCGGACCAUGGCCGACCCGGCCGCGGACGGCCUGACGUGCGUGACGUUCGGCGAGCUGUUCGACCGCUACGUGCGCAUCUCCGACAAGGUGGUGGGCAUUCUCAUGAGGGCGCGCAAGCACGGCAAGGUGGCCUUCGAGGGUGAGAUGCUCUGGCAAGGACAGGACGAUGGGGUCAUCAUCACUUUGCUGGUGUGACACUGCUGACCGUGAUAAAAGCAGAGACUCUCACUGUGUUUCGACAUGUAAAUUAUGAGUGAAUACGCUUUGCUGCUAUGGUUUUAUUGAGCUUGUGAUGGUCAUGCUGUAUGGAGUGAUCACAGCGGUAUCCAGAUUGCUACGGUUGUCCGAUCAUCAAUGGAAAUCACCUAGUGCACGUUUAAGACCAACAGACUAGCCAUAACCUAUUUUCACUCUCGUGUUUGUGUGUGUGCUGCUGAUGGAAUUUGCUUCUCUACAAAGGAAACAUAAUACCAAACACCAAAGGGGGAAUGUAAUGCUGAUUAAGAAUCAAUAGGACUGUGCAAUUGUGAUCUAUGACUCAGAGGUUUGUGAAAAGUUUUUUGAUAUUAUGCAUUAGUCUGAUACUGUUAUCAGAGGACAAACGAUAUUUAAUCUGAAGUCAUAAGCCUACUUCUAUGUACUGUGGAUGAAAAAAAACAUGAACUGAGGUAAUAAAUAAAAUAAAA